AUUUUUUUGAUAUAUGAAAUUUUGUUAAUAUAAAGUUAGACAAGUGUAAAAAUGACACUUCCUUUUGGUGUUUGGGAUGUUGGUCAAUCAUUUAAUGAAGCUGUAGAUUUAGAGGAAGAAGAAAAUGAGCAGUAUGAGGAGGAGAUUAAAACAAUUAAAAUAACUAUUGUUCCUAAAAGCAGGUUGUCUUGCAGUCUGUUUAUAAUAUCAUUUGGAACUGCAGCCACAACAUUCAUAGACAUGUAUGUAAAUCUUCCAGAAAAGCCUACAGCUGAAGUACAAAUAUUUAAGGGAACAGUUAAAACUAGAGAAACAUGUUUUUUAUAUCAAAUUGAUAGCAUUGUUUUAUGUCAAUGCAAAAUAAAAGUUGCACCAGAAGACUCAUUUGAUUGGACAAAAGAAGUUAUGGCUUGUGUUUUAUUUGAUCAAGUAAUUAUUUUGACAUCAUAUCCAAAAUAUUCACUUAAAAGUGAUUUCAAGAAUACAUCUGAAGAUGUCUUGAGAUAUUUAAAAACAUCCAAUAGCAAGUUUGCUACUAAUGUUCAAAUGUUAGAAAAAGACAAUCUUAUUCAAGGUCUACCUGCUGCCAUAUUAUCUUAUUGCGAGUUUCAUUGCAUCGAUGCUCUUAUGUAUGUAACAUAUGGAGAAUCGCAUUUUGUGGACGUAUUUUCUUUAAAAGCUUUUGAACCUGUUUUGCAAGAUAAUGGAAUGAAAUCUUUACCGAGGUUUACAACAUUUGAAAUGACAAAGAAAUUUAAAUUGUUUGAUGGAAUUGGUGUUGCUGAUAAGAAUUUAUAUAUUUAAAUGAUGUUGAUGCAGUCGUUCAUUAGAUUUAUUUUAACAUUAAAAAGAAUAUUUAUAAUUUUUUUUUUGAUCACCACUUUAUAUGCUAUUGUUAGUGAAUUUUUUUUUUCUUAAUAAAUUUUAUGAAAUGGUAAAUGAAUUUCAUUGUACAGUGAAUGAAUUAAAUAAGUUAUAUUCAGUGGUGAA